AUUCAAAUAACCAAGGAACUGCUACUUUGUGAUGGAUGGGAACAGUUUCCUGUGUCACGUCUGUGUUGCUGGAGGCUGUAAAACCUCUGACCACUGAAGCGGCCAUCUGCCAAUGCCAGCCAAUAACCAGUAAGGAUGACAAUGGCCCAUGUAGGAGCAGUAGUGGCUACUGUCAUGGGGGUGAUUGCUCUUCUUCUUCAUUCUUCUAUACACAAGAUUGAAGAGGGACAUCUUGCAGUUUAUUAUAGAGGUGGUGCUUUGCUGAGUACUCCAAAUGGUCCAGGCUUUCAUAUUAUGCUUCCAUUUAUUACAACAUACAGAUCUGUUCAGACAACACUACAAACUGAUGAAAUAAAAAAUGUGCCUUGUGGGACAAGUGGGGGCGUCAUGAUCUACUUCGACAGAAUAGAGGUGGUCAAUAUGCUGGUUCCAUCUGCAGCUGUAGACAUUGUGAGGAACUACACAGCAGACUAUGACAAGACAUUGAUCUUCAACAAGAUUCACCAUGAGCUCAAUCAGUUUUGCAGUGUCCAUACCCUCCAGGAAGUUUACAUUGAGUUGUUUGAUAUUAUUGAUGAAAAUCUAAAGCUGGCACUACAAAAGGACCUGAAUGCUAUGGCACCAGGUCUAACAAUUCAGGCAGUUCGUGUUACAAAGCCAAAAAUCCCAGAGACUAUCAGAAGAAAUUUUGAACUAAUGGAAGCUGAGAAGACGAAGUUGCUUGUUUCUGUACAGACCCAAAAAGUCGUGGAGAAGGAAGCCGAAACCGAACGGAAGAAAGCUAUUAUAGAGGCACAGAAGGUUGCACAAGUUUCUGAAAUUCACUUCCAGCAAAAAAUGAUGGAAAAAGAAACUGAGAAAAAGAUUUCUGAAAUAGAAGAUGCAGCAUUCUUGGCGAAAGAAAAGGCCAAAGCAGAUGCAGAGUACUACACUGCGGAAAAAACCGCCCAAGCAAACGCAUUGAAACUAACCCCGGAAUAUCUUGAGCUCAUGAAAUACCAGGCGAUUGCUGCUAACAGUAAGGUUUAUUUUGGCCAUGACAUCCCAGACAUGUUUGUGGAUAACAGUGCCGUUCAGCACAGGAUUGAGGAUGAAGAGGAUGCUGAUCUUCUGGAAUUGCUAGGAAAGGCAAAAAAAACAAAGAAAGCACAUCGUACUGAUUCAAAGGGAGGGUAACAGAAGAUCUGGCUGCUUGACAUUUGGUGGAUAGAUUGUGUGGCAUGCUUUUUUUUGUUUUGUAAUAAAAAAAGGUAUGUUUGGUGCGCUUUAGCUCUGACAUUUACCAGUGGAAUAUGAAAGGACUGCAGGUUUUAUAAAGCAGACCAUUUGCAUCUAAAAAAUGGUUUGUAAAUCUACAGUCUAGUUUUCAGAUCAAAUACCUACAAAUCCUGCCUUGAAUACUGCUGCAUUAUAACAGGGAUGCCUAAAGACACAUCUACCAUCUUUUUUUGUUUUGUUUUUUAAUAAGAAAAAAUUAACACUUUUUUUAAAUCAGAUGAAAAGCACUUGGAUAAAAUUUAAACUAAUUGCUACAAGAAGGUGCAUGCUUUUUUACACAGCUUUUCUCAGUUUAGGCUAGCAUUUCUAUACAUAUUUUCAAAAGGGAUUUGGGGUUAAACUUAAGGUUCUUUACAGAAUUUCUUUCUAAAGCUAGGAAAUACGACCUGUAAACAAAAAGUGGUGUAAAUGCUUUUUUUUUCCAUGUUAUUCUUAGUGCUUGACUGGAAUGGUGUUCUUUCUUGAGUAAUUUUACUGAUGCUGAGUUUUUAAAAGCUCUGAAUGAAUUUGCAAAUGUAAGUUUAAGAGUGUUUGGUGCAAACAAAUUUGAACAAGUGACUUUUAUAUUAAUUCAAUUUUCUGUUUUCAAGUGUGACUUUAUACCUCAUUGGUAAUGUAUUGAAGGUGAGGUGGGGCCAUGCCACAGGGGUUGCUAGCCUAGGUACACCUAAUAUGAACUGUGAUAUGUGGGGUUCCUGUUUUAAGACUAAAGAAAUAAGUUACUGCUAUUGCAUUUCCAGAUAAUAAUAAUAAUAAUAAUAAUAAUAAUAAUAAUAAUAAUAAUAAUAAUAAUAAUAAUAAUAAUAAUAAUUCCUUUGAAAAGAAAUAGUCCAAAGAUUAACAUUUCAUGACAGCUAUACAGUUUGUGUAACUGGGCAACAAAUAAUUCUGUGAUAUUCAUUUAAAAACAUAGAAUGAAAUAUCUUGUGUUUAUAAUGGUCAUAUUUGAAAAAGGCUACAUAUAUUUUAGAGAACUUCAAGUUUCGUAACAAGCGCUACUGCUUGUUAAAAUUUCUUGCUUACUAAUUUCUUGUUACUAACAGCCUACUCCUAAGAGUUGUCCAAUUUAAGAUUUUCAAAAUUAAUUACUUUAAAUAACAUUGUCAGGUUGGAUUCAUUUAUCCUUACUAGUUUUUUUUUUUUUUUUUUUUUUUUUUUUUUUUAAUUGAUGUUAUGCCAGCACAAGACUAUUACCAGAUUAAAGUAACAGUUUUUCUUUAUGCUUAUACCUUCAUUACAAAAUAAAAUCUUGUGUAGUUGGUCUAACAUACUGACCUAUGCCCUUUCAAGCAAGAAAAAGGUGACUUGCGUGUGUAUAUGGCUAUGCGCAUAUUUGUAAGGAAAGUGAACAAACCCACUGAAAUUACAGUAUGAUGUGUUAAAAGCUCCCCAGUUAGUUUCAAUAUCUCCAUGCAGUCUUUGUUUUGUGUAUUAACUGGAAAUGGAAUAGCUGUAUGGAGAGCUGGUACAGUAUUUUAAUCUGAAGCAUUCACAACUGCCUAAAACCAAGUUAAAAAUUUAAUGGUAUUGUUUUGGAGAGCUGCGGAAUGCUUUAUAUAUUUAGAUUUUGAAUCCAUUGACGUGAAAGACAAAAGUAACAGGAACAAUGAUACAUUUAUUUUACAAACCUAUAAUGAAGAUUUUGCUAUGUCAGCUAUUUCAGUUAUUUCCUUGAAUCACCUUUGGUAUGUUCUUUAAAAUUAACAAAUGACUGAGAAGAUGAGAAUAGAGACCUACUUGCUUGUUAUUUUCUUUCCCUAUCCACGCUACCUAAAUAAUGCCUGUUCAACACAUGUUGAAACUGAUUUCCAUGGACUUUGAAUGUGAUUGUUGUGCUUUAUUUUGGUAGUGUAAAGAGGAUAUCUGCCUUUCCACCAACCAGAUUAAUUCACUCUACUCAUGGCACAUUACAAGGCAUUCUUGGAUGGAAGAUUUUCACCCUCUUGCCCAUCAACAUCCCAUGUUAAUUUGAAGUGCAGGAUUCUAAUUAAAUGCAGGUCAGACAAUGAAUGCGUGAUCUCAAAAAGCGUGUCUCUGAGCAUGGCAAUACUGACAGCUGGAAAAGAAGAUUGUUUCAGACAUAUGUUUGGUGGAAACUGGAGAGUGAACCUUUCUAGCCAUGCAGUUUCAUUUGAAUCAAUACAACAGUGCAUAUGUUUUAAAAUUAAACUGGAAUACAUUGGUAAAAUUAACCAUGCUCAUUUCUUUUUAGAAUUUGCAUGAGUUGUUGGCUUAUCAUAUGCAGGCCCCCACUACACACCCACACACUGAGAUAAAGAUGAACUACUUUGCAAACUCUUUCUUCCUUAAAGCCCAUUGUUUAUUUUGUGUAAAUUUCCUUAUCAGUAAUUCCUCUUGUAAAAUGUGAUGCUGUACGUCACAAAUCCGAGUGUAGGGUUAAUCCCAGAAAUGUGAUCUAAUGCUACCACCUUACUUUCCCUCUCUUCCUGGUAAAUUGGAAGAAAACAAAUUGUGAAUGUUACUUUAUAUAAUUCAUGAUGCAAUCUCUGUAUUUAAGAAUUUAUAUGCAAAAUUUACAAGCAUUUUUGCAGUUGUCACCACAAAUAAAACCUAUUUUGAUACCACUA